UUUGUUUUUUAUUUUCUUCUGUUGCCGAGAGUCUGACCUGACCGCUCACCCCUUCUGUGUGCUAACAAGCUACGAAGUCUCAACACUUAUAGAGAUUGAAGGAGCGUAUUGAGCACUUGUUCAAUGCCUUUCUUGAGACCGGCUGAUGUUAUUUGAAACAUGUCUUGUGCCAACUAUGGUGAUCUUAGUGAUUCGUAACAUGUUUUUAGCAACGGAGAUCUAUGAAUUUUGUUUCUUUAUAUGAUUAUGGUGACGACUUUGAAAUUCCAGAAUGACUACGUUGCCUUGCUUCCUUGUAAUUGGUUCCAUGGCCUGUCAAGUGGGAAGAAUGUAUCUUCAGGCAGGUUUGUCAAUGUUGGAGAAUGAAGUCCUUGAAAGUUCAUGUAUGACCCUUGCGACUUGUGCAAUCCAGCGGUGGAUCAUCGAGCCUAGUAUAUGUGGACAAGCUUCAAAGAUUGGCUUAAAGUCUGCACUGUUUCCCAAAAAGAGUUUUUCAACAAGAAAAAGACAUGGUUGGAAAAUAGCCUUUGCCUUAGACACUGGUGGGGUUUCUGGAGAUGGUGGAGAAGAUAGUCUCAACAGUGACAGCUCUAAUCUUGGUGGUACUCGACUGGGCAGGAUAGUAAGUGCAGGCGGCAGACAGCUAUUAGAGAAGCUGAACUCAGCAAGAAAGAACUUCCCCAUGAAGAUAUUUCUCCUUCUGUUGGGUUUCUACACGGCAAAUGCAUUGGCAACUAUUCUUGGCCAGACAGGUGAUUGGGAUGUAUUAGUUGCUGGGGUUGUUGUUGCUGCCAUUGAGGGGAUUGGCAUGCUUAUGUACAGAAAGCCUCCUUCUUUAAAGACUGGAAGAUUGCAGUUGUUUGUGGUAAUGGUUAACUAUUGGAAAGCUGGUGUGUGCUUAGGUCUUUUUGUGGAUGCUUUCAAAUUAGGUAGUUAAAGAUGAACUUCCAUAUCCUCCUCUGAUGGUGUUGGGGGUUCUUUUUCAAUGUAUUCUGCGUCUCUUAUCACAGCCCUAGGUUCAAUUGAUAGAUGUGCAAUUAGGUGAGAAAUGUAUCAUAACUGUUGUCAAUGUAAUGUGCAAAUAAUUUUUUUUUUUUUAUCUUUCUCUUUCCCAGUUGAACCAAGAACCUAUGCAGUUCUUCCCUUCCUCGACGUCCCUGUUUCUCCCGUUCUCCAUUUGUUUUCGCCCUUGAAGGGAAAUUUUGAUUCCAUUGUUUUCACCCUUGAAGGGAAAUUUUGAUGAUUGUGAUUGAGUUGCAGCAAA